AUGCUCAGAUCAUUGGUAUUAAAGAGGUGUGCCUCUUCUGGUCCCCCUCAAGGAUCCAGUCAACUGUCGAUACCUAGAAGACCCGCUAGAAAGAUCCGCCUUGGUAAAGCCAGGCCUGCAAUUUAUCACCAAUUCGAUGUGUUAGUAGAACUGAGUGAUGGUAGUGUAGUGAGGAGGAGGUCCCAGUUUCCUAAGAAUGAAAUUAGAUUGAUUCAAGACCAGAGAAAUAAUCCAUUGUGGAAUCCAACUAGAACGGAUCUGGUGGUAGUAGACGCUAAUGCAAGUGGUAAAGUGGAUAGAUUUAAGCAAAAAUAUGGCUCUCUAUUUUCUAGCGAGGAUAAAUCUAAGGGUGUGCAGCAAGAAGAACAGCCUAGUACAAAGAAGGCAGAACCUGAAGCUGAAGUUGCAGCUGAAGACGAAGAUGAAUUUGGUAUGGAUGACUACCUGUCGCUGUUGAACGAUAGUUCUAAACAGAUCAAGACCGGUAAAUUGGCUACCAAGAAGAGGGAUAAGAAAUGA